AAUUUGAUAAUGAAGAAUUUGAUCCUAAUCAAAUUUCAAUUUAUCAAGCAACAAGUAUUGCUGAAAGUACUGGUGUAACAGAAGCAUUUGAAAAUUUAUUAGUUAGAUCUGCAUCAAGUAUGAGUACAGGAUCUAAUAUUAAGAGAAAAAAAACAAAAAUUGAAGUUAGUAAAGAAAUAGUUAUAGUAAAAAAAGAAAAACAGAA